AUGGUGAAGCUACGAGGGAUUGAGAUCUGCAUCGUAUCACAGUUCGACAUCUGCAGGCUACCAGAGUUUCAGUACCACAAGCCUUCUUCUGGACCGAAGGAUCCUUUCCAACUCAACUACCAGCACGAGAAUGCGCCCUCCUCGCCUUAUCCGUCUGUUGCUUGCUUCGUCCCAAUCUACCCCGGCAGCCAGAUUUGGUUCGAAUACACCGUCGACGGCCCACAUCCUCCGGAAGCCGCCUGGUUCUUCAAACUCCUAAUCAACGGCAAGGUCGUCACAUCGUGGGAUUGCACGGCAAAGCAUGGUUUCCAUGGCAAAAUGAUGUACAACCUGAUUAGCGAAGGCUUGGAUCCAGACAGUGGUCGCGCCGUGCUCAAGACACAGGCACUGAGAUUUGGAGGACUGGAAGACGGCGAAAGAGGUGGGCACGACGAGGAUAUAGUCCAGAUCAACGUACAUCGCAUCGAACAUAGGAAGCGAGUUCGAGACCUUGAACCAGGCCUGGGAGAGACUGGCAGUGUCAGUGAUAAUGCUGAUGGGCUGCGGUUGACCAACAGUGGUUAUCUUGAGCCCUGUAUUCGUCCUCGACGAUACAAGUAUCAACUCCUUGACCCGGUUGAUAUGCCAUACGCAGCUUUUCAAUUCCAUUUUCGCCCUUAUGAAUACCUCGAGGAGCAUGGCAUUGUCCAGUUGCAAGUUUGCCCUUCCACAUGCAGCACUAGAUCCUCAAUCGUAUCGGAGAGUUCAGGAAAUGUUCAGUUGGUGAACGAAUCCGCUCACGACACUGCGCAUGAACAUUGGGACGAUAGCUCACCACUUGGAAGUUCUCCUCGUCAAUCUUCCACACUGACAUCACCCACCAAAAUCGGACACAUUACCUCGAUAACAGAAAGACCGACACUGACAAAAACCAAGUCCUCCGCAAGCUCCAUCAAUACCCCACUCAGCGACUCCGAUGAUUCGCUUAGCGUCAGAACCAAAGAUAGUAUCGAGGACUUAUCAUCAAAGGUCCCAAGAUCUCCGAGGUCUCCCAGAUCACCCAGCCGGCGCGAGAAAACCACAGAGGAUAAACGAACAAAGAGAAAUGCUGAAAUACCACCAUCACCAACCCCAUCGACCAAAUCACCUCGACAACGCUUGAAAAAGAAGCUCACGGUGACUAUCAACGGGGCAAACUUUGACGUGGACAGAAAACGACGACCACUAAGUCCUUUCAAUAGUGGUGGAAUGCUUAGGAAAGCGUGCGUGCCGCAGACGGCUCCAGCCACAGUCACAGAGUUUGGGCCGACGGUCGAAGAAGAAGUCAGACCCAAGCUCCAAAAGAGCCGGCCAGAAACGGAGACAAAAAGUGAGAGAUGCGGUUUCAGAACAACAACCGAGGAGCGGGGCGGGAAGAGACUGAUGGGGUUUCUGGGGAGGAGAAUCGCGAACGAGAAGAGUGCUUAA